GGGGUCUAUUCAGUCACGUGGACGCGGACUUCCAGUGCUCUGCUACUUCUAAGGAACCCAAGGACUCGCUUUAGCGACAACUCAGGAACAGAUUCUCUGCAGCGAUGGGCUCUUGGAAGACUGGUCUGAGCUGCCUAGCGGCCGGGUUGCUGCAGAACCAAGUGGCCGUGGUCACUGGUGGGGGCACAGGCAUUGGAAAAGCCAUCUCCCGGGAGCUCCUAUACCUGGGGUGUAACGUGGUCAUUGCUUCCCGGAAGCUGGACAGAUUAACCGCUGCUGCAGAUGAACUGAGAGCCUCUCUGCCUCCCUCCAGCCGCGCUCAAAUCACUGCCAUACAGUGCAAUGUCAGGAAAGAAGAAGAGGUAAAUAAUUUGGUCAAAUCUACCUUAGAUAUAUAUGGUAAGAUCGACUUCUUGGUAAACAACGCAGGAGGCCAGUUCCUGGCUCCUGUUGAAGACAUCACUGCAAAGGGAUGGCAAGCUGUGAUUGAAACCAACCUGACAGGCACCUUCUACAUGUGUAAAGCAGUUUACAAUUCCUGGAUGAAAAGGCACGGAGGGUCUAUUGUCAAUAUCAUUGUCAUUGUUAACAAUGGGUUUCCAGCAGCAGCGCACAGUGGAGCGGCAAGGGAAGGUGUUUACAACCUCACGAAAUCCCUGGCUUUGGCCUGGGCCAGCAGCGGAGUCAGGAUCAACUGUGUUGCACCUGGGACCAUUUAUUCCCCGACGGCUGUUGAAAACUAUGGCGAAUUGGGACAAACCAUGUUUGAGAACGCCUUUGAGCGUAUCCCAGCUAAGCGCCUUGGAGUCCCCGAGGAGAUCUCCCCUCUGGUGUGUUUCCUGCUGUCCCCUGCAGCUUCCUUUAUCACUGGACAGUUGGUCAAUGUGGAUGGAGGCCAGGCUCUGUACACUCACUACUUCGAGAUACCAGAUCAUGACAAUUGGCCUGAGGGAGCUGGGGACCUUUCUGUUGUCAGGAGGACAAAGGAAGCUCUUAAGAAGAAAGCCAGGCUCUAAACCAAGGACCCAUCCGCCCACUGUGUGCCUCAGUGUCUUGAGAAUGUUUUGUACUUCACAAGGGCUUAUGAGUUCUAUGGGGGGAAAAAAAAUCACAUUAAUGUUAAUAGUUUUAUCUUUGCAAAAACUAUUCCCAAAAUAAAUGUAUAUUCAUGU